GCUUUUCGCUCCGCCGCCGCUGCUGCGCUCAGUCUUUCCUUCCCGGCGCGGGGCGAGCCAGAGGUGCAGGCGAGGGAAGCGGGCGGCUUGCAAGCGGGGAGCGCAGCCGGCCAGGCGCGGGGAGUGCUGGUUACUAUGGCAAUGACUGCAGCAACUCCAACGUCUUUUCCUAUGAGCAACCACACCCGGGAGCGAGUCACAGUGGCCAAACUUACUCUGGAGAACUUCUAUAGUAACCUCAUCUUGCAGCAUGAAGAAAGAGAAACUAGGCAGAAGAAGCUAGAAGUAGCCAUGGAGAAAGAAGGCUUAGCAGAUGAAGAGAAAAAGCUCCGAAGAUCUCAGCACGCCCACAAAGAAACGGAAUUUUUAAGGCUGAAAAGGACGAGACUGGGCCUGGAUGACUUUGAAUCUCUGAAGGUGAUCGGAAGAGGGGCAUUUGGCGAGGUCCGAUUAGUUCAGAAAAAAGAUACGGGUCAUAUAUAUGCCAUGAAAAUAUUGAGAAAAGCUGACAUGCUGGAAAAAGAGCAAGUGGCUCAUAUACGAGCAGAAAGGGACAUUCUAGUAGAAGCUGAUGGUGCCUGGGUCGUGAAGAUGUUCUAUAGUUUUCAGGACAAACGCAACCUUUACUUGAUUAUGGAGUUUCUUCCAGGAGGUGAUAUGAUGACUUUGCUCAUGAAGAAGGAUACACUCUCUGAGGAAGAGACACAGUUUUAUAUCUCUGAAACCGUGCUGGCUAUUGACGCCAUUCACCAGCUGGGGUUUAUUCACAGAGAUAUUAAACCCGAUAAUCUUUUGCUGGAUGCAAAGGGCCAUGUAAAACUCUCUGAUUUUGGGCUAUGCACAGGUUUAAAGAAAGCUCACCGAACUGAAUUCUACAGAAACCUUACGCAUAACCCCCCGAGUGACUUCUCCUUUCAGAAUAUGAACUCCAAAAGAAAAGCAGAAACGUGGAAGAAGAACAGGAGACAACUGGCCUAUUCUACUGUUGGGACUCCAGACUACAUCGCGCCUGAGGUUUUCAUGCAAACGGGUUACAACAAACUCUGUGAUUGGUGGUCUUUGGGAGUCAUCAUGUACGAAAUGCUAAUAGGAUAUCCCCCCUUUUGCUCCGAAACACCGCAAGAAACGUAUAGAAAAAUUAUGAACUGGAAAGAAACGUUGGUAUUUCCGCUGGAAGUGCCCAUUUCAGAAAAAGCAAAGGACCUCAUUUUAAAAUUUUGCACGGAUGCGGAAAACAGAGUCGGCAGCAACGGCGUAGAAGAAAUUAAGAGCCAUGCGUUUUUCGAAGGGGUGGAUUGGGCCCACAUCAGGGAAAGGCCAGCUGCGAUCACUAUAGAAAUCAAAAGUAUAGACGACACCUCCAAUUUCGACGAAUUCCCCGAAUCUGAUAUUUUACAACCAGUGCCGAAUACCACUGAACCGGAUUUCAAGUCCAAAGAUUGGGUCUUCCUGAAUUACACCUACAAGAGAUUCGAAGGGCUGACUCAGCGGGGUUCGAUCCCUUCUUACAUGAAGGCUGGGAAGUUGUGAGAGAGAGACACAGUGGGCCAGGAAAUGUAAGAACUCAGGUACCCCGCCCGCCUCCGCUCAACCUCCACCCUCUCCGACGUUCCCACAGACCAGCGACCAUGGUCUCGGGGCUCUCCUCCUCCUUCCCCCCGUCAAAAAAAAAAACAUAAGGAAUUCUACCGGAUUAGAAUUUUCUGAGACUACUACAGACUUAUUAGUUGGCAGUGCCAGCUGGCGGCUUCUAUGAAUAGUGAAUUAUUUUUGUUAAAACUUUAUUACAACAGAGGUACUGGAAAUUUAAAGAAAAAAAGAGAGUGUGAGAGAGAAAAACAGAAGAAGAAGAAGCAAUCAACGUUUCUCUUUGUAUCUGCACUGCCCAAAAUGUACGUUAUAAGGGUCAAUUCUAACUCUACGGGGUCACUUGGUUUAGGGUUGGAGCCAAUGGUGGGAUUCAAAUAAUUUAAUAACCGGUUCUCUGCCCUAAUGAUUUCUUCAAACAACCAGUUCCCCAAACUGCUCUGAACGUUAACAACCAGUUCUC